AUGGACCGGAAGGGGAAGCAGCCGGCGGGGGAGAAGGAGGAAGGAACGGCGAGAGGAAACGGUAAGUCUAAAUCUUCUUCUGGAAAACAGAGCGGCGGUCGGGGGGAGCACUCCGGUGCCUGGUCGAGGCCGGGGCCGUGGGUGACUCACUGGCCCUCGGCCGCGGAGGUGGAGCGGCUGAGCCGCCGCUUCCCGGAAGUCGUCACACUUCCGGAGGAACCCAUCGCGGCGGCUCGGCAAGAGUGGGACGGGCGGGCGGUCAUGGUGCGUAGCCUUGGCCGCCGUGUUCCGGCCGAAUGGGUAGCCAAGGACGUGGCUACCCGGGCUAACCUUAAGGAGGUGGUGGCCGUCCCUCUAACGGACGGCUACCUGGCUCUGCGUUUCCGGUCGACGGCGGACCGGGACGGGGCCUUAAAUGAGGGACCCUGGGUGGUGGCGGGGCAGCUCCUCGCCAUGGCUCCUUGGGUCCCUGAUUUUGAGCCAGGGGAGGAGGCCGUUACUUCGGUAACGAUGUGGCUUCGACUCCCCCGCCUGCCGCCGGAGUAUUGGUCGCCGUCAACCAUCUUGGAGAUCGCGUCUAGGGCAGGCCGGCCGAUCGCUGUGGACGGGGUCACCGAGCAGCGACGGGCGAUGGGUUUCGCUCGGGUGAAGGUGGUGGUCGAUGCCACCGCGCCCCUUAGACCUGGGAUUUUGAUCCAAGGGAAGACGAAGGUGCGGUGGCAGCCCUUCGUCUUCGAGAACGUCCCCAUUCUCUGCCCCCUGUGUGGGCGGAUGGGUCACCUGGAGGCAGCGUGCCGUUUUCCGGUGUUUACUCAAUCGGCGGAGGGCGGGCCGCCAGGGGAGGGGGACCCUGGGGGUGGCUCUGUUCCGUCGGCUCCUGCAGCGGGGAUGGAGACCCAAGGGCCGAUUUUUGGCCCUUAG